CGCCCUGACCUGUACAUCACCAAAUACAUCUAACGGUCUCUCCCUCUCCCAAAUCUCCCUCUGCAAAUUUUAAUUCCCAAACAAACCGCCGAAAACAAGGGGGAGAGAAAGAGAGAUAAAUGGAAAGCAAAAUUAAUCACUGUAUUAAAUUUUCGUACAAUUAUUAGUAUAAAAGUCUCGUCUUCUCUAGCUCACCGCUCUUCUUCUUGCCCCUCUUUGCUCUCUCCCUUCCCUUCUCCUCUAUGGAGAUUUGAACAAAUAAAUAAAUUUAUUGUAUUCUUACAGAGAGAGAGAGAGGGGGGGGAAGCAAUGUCGGAGGCAAUGGAUAGUGUCCUCUUCUCUCUGAGUAAAGCAUUUUGUAGUCCUCUGGCUGUUUUUGUUCAGAUUCAGGGAUGUGUAAUUUGCUUAACUCUUGCUUUUGGGUGGGCUUGUGCUGCUUAUGUCAGGAAUAGAGAGAUCAGACGGAUAAAAGAUAGUAUGAGAGCUGGCAACAGCUUGGCAUUUCUUUGUCAAGAUAUUAAUGAACUUGAGCACUCUUAUCAGGCCAAUCUGCCUAGAGUUUCAGUGGUUAUGCCUUUAAAGGGGUUUGGAGAACAUAAUCUACACAAUUGGAGAAGUCAAGUAAUAUCUCUUUAUGGAGGUCCUCUAGAAUUCCUUUUUGUUGUGGAAAGUACUGAAGACCCUGCUUACCAUGCUGUUUCUCGCUUAAUAUCAGAUAUCAAGGAUAACAUUGAUGCUAGAGUUGUGGUAGCCGGCUUAUCAACGACUUGUAGUCAGAAAAUUCACAACCAGUUGAUUGGUGUGGAGCAAAUGCACAAAGACAGCAAGUAUGUGUUGUUUUUGGAUGAUGAUAUUAGGCUGCACCCUGGUUCAAUUGGGGCCCUCACUGCUGAGAUGGAAAAAAAUCCUGAGAUAUUUAUUCAAACUGGAUAUCCUCUUGAUCUACCUUCUGGGAGCUUAGGAAGUUACUGCAUCUAUGAAUAUCACAUGCCUUGUUCGAUGGGGUUUGCCACCGGUGGAAAAACAUUCUUUCUGUGGGGAGGGUGCAUGAUGAUGCAUGCUGAUGAUUUUAGAUAUGACUGCUGUGGUGUGGUAUCUGGACUUCGAGAUGGGGGAUAUUCUGAUGACAUGACACUUGCAGCUGUAGCGGGUGCUCAUAAGAAGCUCAUAACAUCCCCGCCUGUUGCUGUUUUUCCUCACCCCCUAUCCAGUGAUCUCAGCUUUUCAAGGUACUGGAAUUACUUGAGGAAGCAAACUUUUGUCUUGGAAUCAUAUAUGUUUAAGGUUAACUGGAUAAUGAACCGUGCAUUAUUUUCUUCGCACUGCUAUUUAUCAUGGGGAUUCGUAAUGCCAUACCUUAUGGCCUUGACCCAUGUUGCAGCAGCACUGCGAAUCUAUAUCCAAGGAUAUGCUCGUGAGGAAACUACAUUUGUUUCUAAUGGGUUGUUACUAGUCAGCUGCCUAGCUGCAUGCACCUUUAUUGAACUUUUCUCAAUGUGGAACUUGACAAGGAUAGAAGUUCAACUAUGCAACAUACUUUCCCCUGAGGCACCCCGACUCUCUCUUGCUACUUAUAACUGGGUCCUAGUAUUUAUUGCAAUGCUGGUGGAUAACUUUUUAUAUCCAAUAUCUGCAUUCCGUUCCCAUUUUUCUCAGUCUAUCAAUUGGUCUGGUGUCCGGUAUUACUUGAAGGAUGGAAAGAUAAACAAGAUUGAAAGAAGCAAGGAUAAGGGCCCUAAAUACACAGACUUGGCAUGGAAACAUUUAUAUGGGAAGAAGGCAGCUCCUCCCAAACCAUCUUUCCUUGGUGGUUUGCUUAGAAGUUUGGAACAGUGGCAACAACCUAAGAAAUUUGAUGUUUAGAGAUGGGCUUGGCAAACUAAAAAUCUUAUGAAUUCUUUGCCACCUUUUAAGAUCUGGUGGGGUAGUUAAGGUUUGGGAAACAAAUAGUAUUGGUGGAUUAAAUGGUACUCUUGGAUAGGUUGGUUUAGCCCCAUUGAUUGAUUGAUUUUAGUGUUUUAGGAAUUUAGUCUCAUUUUUUUUUAAAUCAAAUUUGAUGCUUCAGUUCCUCUGAUCAGUCUGGGUUGGUUUUGUACUAUGCACACAUUUCUUCUGUAAUCUAUUUUUUUUUUAUAAAUCAAAUGUGAGUUCUGCUGCCCCAAGAAGGUAUUUGUAUUA